AUGUUAUCCCGAGUCGAAUCACGUUUUCCCGAUUCGUUUCGAGCUCUGAAAGAUAGAUUAAAAAUAAUGGAUUUAGAUUUAAGCCAUGUAUUCCAUAUAUUAGAUGAAAAUAGCGAAGGUAGAAUACGUAUAGCAAGAUUUAUUGAUAUAGCUCAAAAUUAUUAUUCAGACGCUGAACAACUUGCCAGUAUAACUAAAGCAUUAGAUCCAACAAAUUCUGGUUUAAUUAAUUAUGACCAAUUUUGUGAUGGUAUUGGACAAAUAAGCUCUCUACAAGGAUUAACUUGGAAAGAAGUUGCAUCUGAUUUAACGAGACGAAGUAGAGAAAAUUCAUUAGUUGAAGAUUCAGAUCGUCGUAGCCUUGUACGUUUAAAGUUAAAUAAUCAAGACGGAUCGACGACAACAUUUAUCGAGUACGACGCUGACGAAACCUACGAUCCAAAUCAUCAUCAUCAUCAUCAUCAUCAUCCUCCAUCUCGAACACCACCAACCGUAAACACCAUUAGUUCAACACCAAAAAUUUUGACAAAUAAUCACAUCGAUUAUAAUUCCAAAAACAGUAUUGACUCUGUUUUUCGACCGUCUCCAAACGAAAAGAUUGAUCCCGAAGAAUAUACAGGAAACGGAAAUAGUGAUUAUUCAACAGAUUCAGAAUUUCAACGAACACCACCACGUCCUUCAACGAGACAAGUUGCUCGACAACUGAAACAAAAUAGUAGUGUGACAAAUUUUAAUCAGCUAUCAGAUCUUGAGAAUCAACAAUUACAAGAUACGGUAGAAGUACUCCGUGGAGACAUAGAAAUCCUAAGAGAUCAAAAACAUUCGACAACAGAACGCUUAUCAAAAAUACAAGUAGAAAAUACACAAUUAAAGCAAAGAUUACUAGCACUCGAAGAAGGUUUACACGAUCUACAGUCUCAACAUAACAAAUCAGUUCAAUCAGAACAACAGAGAUAUAGUGAAUUGAUUACAAACAAAGAUCGCGUUUUUAUACGUGAAAAAGAUACAUUACAAUCGAGGAUAAAUGCCAUAGAACUUGAAUUAAAACAAACUCAGCACGAUAAUAAUUUAUUAAAAAACAAUAUGAAAUCAUUAAAUAGUAAAAUUGAAAAUCUUGAUGAUCUAUUACAAGAUAGUCAAAUAAAUUGUAAUAAUUUAUCAGAUGACAAUUCAAAACUAUUAGAACAAUUACGAUUACAACGUGAAGAACUUGAACAAGAGAAAAAGAUUUGUGCUGAACUUAAUGAACAGUUAAUGAUAGAUUCAUCAAAACAAAAGAUGGGUCGUACAUUAAGUCGAACAGAAAGUAUUUUAAAAAAUUCUGAAACUCGAAUACAAGAUUUAGAUUCACAAAUGAGAUCAUUAAAACUUGAAAAUGACCGAUUAAAACAACAGAAUGAAGAACUUGAAGCACGACUAUUGAGUGCACAUGUUAAUGAAGGAAGAUCGUUAUUAAAUACGACGGAUGAAUCUUGGGCAGCAGAAUUAGAACAAUUAAGUAAAGAUGAGCUCAUGAAGAAAUUGAGAGAACAAUUUCGUGUUAAUGACCGAUACCGUGAAUACAUUGAACGAAUGUUAAUGGUGAUCAUGGAGAACAGUCCACAAUUAUUAGAAGUUAAAUGUUCCGCAAACGGUUUAUCCAUUGGAAGUGGAAUGUCAGCAUUAACUUUUCCAAAAGAAAUUUCUACACCUUCACCACUCACUACUACGUUAUCCACACCCACAAUAACAGCUAAAGAAUCAAAUUCCCAAAUAACACCAACCGAAUCGACCAAUGAACCAAUCAUAUAUCUCUUAAAACGAUUGGAUAAUGAACAUAAAACGAAUAAACGUCUUCGCGAUUAUAUUGAUACACUUUUAAUUGGUAUUUUAAUGAAUAAUCCAACAAUAUUAGAAAAACAAUAA